UAUUUAGUUUUGACUUCAAGAAUGCAGCAUGCGAACUAACCUGAAAAUAUCUUCUUUAUAAUAAUAUAUUGUAAUAUAUUAAAAAACUAUAUACAAAUACAGUUAGUGGUUAUUAAGUAAAAAAGUAGAAAGAUGGGCAAACGUAAAGGGAAAUGUGUUAAAAAGAAUAAUCAAACUAAAGAAUCUUUGGAACCGGAACAUUUGAUAAAAGCACCACAUUCAUUUGUAAUACAUCGUGGAACAUGUUCUAAAGAUCUCACAGAUUUAACAAAAGAUUUUAGAAAGAUAAUGGAGCCAUUUACUGCUUCACAAUUAAAGGAAAGAAAGAAAAAUACCAUAAAGGAUUUCCUGUCAGUGUCGGGAUAUUUGCAUGUAUCUCACAUGAUGGUAUUCACUGAGACAGAACUUGGUACAUACAUGAGACUUGCUCGACUGCCUAGAGGACCCACACUCACCUUUAGAGUACACAGUUACAGUCUAGCCCGUGAUGUAAUAUCUUCUCUCCGGAAGCAAUAUGUGAUCGAGAAAGCCUUCAAAAACGCACCCCUGAUUGUUCUGAACAGUUUUUCAGGGGAGGGCAUGCACAUGAAGUUAAUGGCCACAAUGUUUCAGAAUAUGUUCCCUACAAUCAACAUUACCACUGUGAAACUAAAAAAUAUUAGACGAUGUGUGUUGAUGAACUAUAAUCCUACAACAAAAUUAAUAGAUUUGAGACAUUAUGUUAUCAGAGCGACACCUGUCGGACUAAACAAAGGAACUAAGAAGAUGGUACAAGGGAAGAUACCUAAUUUGAACAAAUGCAAGGACAUGUCAGAAUUUUUUGAUAAGGCAGCUUUAUUAUCAGAGAGUGAAUUUGAAGAUGAUGGUACGAACCAGGUUGUUUUGCCACAAAAGCUGUCGAACCGAGCUGCAGCGAUGCACACCAAGUCGGCACUCAGACUUGUGGAGCUCGGACCAAGGAUGUCAUUGCAGCUUAUAAAGGUUGAAGACGGCCUUAUGGAUGGGGAGGUUUUGUUCCAUGAACUCGUAGAGAAAACGGAAGAGGAAAAGGCUCUGAUUAAGAAGAAACGUGAAGAGAAACGACGCUUGAAAGAGAAGAGAAAGGCACAGCAAGCGGAGAACAUUAAACGGAAGGAGAAGGAAAAAGAAGAAUUAAAACAAAAAGCUUUAGAGGGAAUUAAAAAGAAACAGGAAAUGACUGAAAAUCAAAGGUUAAUGGAGCUGGCGGCUGCGGAGACUCAGGAUAAUGAUCAGGAUGAAGACGACGCGGAUUAUUAUCGACAGGAAGUGGGAGAGGAACCGGAACAAGAUCUAUUCAGUCAAAAUCCACCCAGGAAAAGGAAAUCUGAUGAUGGAGAGGAAGCUAGGGGAUUCAAGAAGAUGAGAUUGGAUAAGAAAUUAAAAAAGAAAUAUCAAAGUGGCCCCAACAAAGUACAGGAUAAGGAUGGUAAGAGAAAGUUUAAUCAAAGAAAAGAUGGUGAGGAUUCGUACCAGAACAAAAACAACAGAAGGAAAAACUUCAAUGACCAAGAUAGAAACAAAUUCAAUAAAAACAGAAAUAAUCAAACUGACAGGAAUAAGGUGUUUGGUGGAAAAUUCAACAAGGCCAACAAACCUGGCAAGAAACAAAAAGGUGGCAAAGGAAAGGGAAAGGCCAGAAAAUAAUGUUAUAAAAUAAAUUUUCACAUUGA